AUGGAGGUCUUGAAGCAACUUCAUACUUCUGUCGCCCAAGAAUGUGAGAGAUUGUUUGAUGAUGCAUAUAAAACUUUACGCACGGAUCUUGUCCAACGUGACGCACAGUUGAGGGAAGUUGAGGAACGAGCUAUGCUUGCGGAUCAAGAGCGUCAUGAUAUUGCCUUAGAGAACCAAAAACUUCGCCGCGAGAACAUACUCAUGAGAGAGGAAAUCCGCCGAACCGAUGUCGGUCAAGAGGAUAAUGAGGACUUGGAUAAUUGGACUCAAUUGAAGGAUCGAUACUCACCGGAGCAUCUUCUGUCAGGGUUCAAGACUGGUGAGCAAGGAGAUGGACUCACUGCAGAGGACAGAACGAAGAUUGUCUUGGAUAAAUAUCUGUCCCUCUACGAGGAUUUUCAGACAUUAUUCCAGGCGUCCAGGCACUUGAAGGACAAGAUCAAACGGGAUAAAAGAAAGCUACACUACUGGAGGACUCUUCUCGAUAGAAAAGAAUUCUCCCUUGUGCUCGCCAAAGGCGAGGUUAGAUUCAGGCAGGUUGAAGAUACCCCUGUCAACACGCCUGUUCAUCCCUCAGCAAUGGGAUCAGCCAUGUCAUCUACUGACCAGCCGGUGGAGGCCGAUAGCGAAGCUGCAGCAGGACUUGUACUUCCAACCUCAAAUUUGACUCCAGAUAAAGUCGGUGACAAUCAUUCCGUGUCGCUAAGUCCGGUUGAAGCCGACUUUGAACUGAAUACCGAUCGGAUCCCGCAAGCCAUGUCCUUGGCGCCAGCAUCAACACAGUCUGAUCCUUCCCUUGAUAGUGAUGAAACGACUAUGAUCCCUCAGUUGCCCGGACACCCGACCGCACAGAGAACUCGGAUAUUAAAAAGGAAGCGCGAGCUUGUGCCAGACCCAAAGCGGUUGCACAAACGAGGACUGCCGGCGAACAACAAAUCGGAGCAGCCUAUCCUAAUCAGGAGCGAGAGCAUGUCCUCUAGCCCUUUGCGAAGCUUGACUGGGAACCAAGGGGCUGGCGGAACCCAAGAUUUGGAUGAUAUUGGCGACACUGUGGAAACUCCAACAAAGAGAAAAUCCAACGGACUAGACCUCGAUCCCCUGAGAUCAUCAUCAAAUACGUUGAAGUCUCCACCUCGACGGUAUCGGCAUCGGACUGAGCCGAUACAGAAGUAUCCUAAGCAGCGCACAGUGCUCCAACCGGUGGACAGUAAUUUGCGGGCUGGCAAUGAUCCUUCUAAUAUUCGGCCAGAACAAAAGUCGGCGAAGCCUGCGAGAAGCUCUAGGCAUGCCAUAGGUUCGCUGGCAGAAGACGGCGAUGAAAAUCUGUACCAUGCUCCUCGAAAAGUGCCUAAGAAGCAGCCAUUUGGCGUCCAAUCAACACAUUCGAGCGCCAACAUGAACAGUGUCCUAACUCAGAAGCGGCUGGAUAGCCUUCUUGAACAGCCAUUGCCUUCUAGGCGCCCAUUGGACAUGCCAAGAAAAAAGGGAAUCACUUCUGAUAGAGAAAAGGUCCCGGAGACGACCUCCUACUCAUCCACUCCUCAUACCGAGAACAUACAGAUGGAAAUUCCGAAUGGCGGCGAACGAAGCGAACUGGAUACCAAUAGGUCUACUGCUCCAGGAACAAAUCAACACAAGUCACAGUUUGCUCAGCAUGGAAACCGGCUGUGGGAGCCAGGAACAGCUCCUGAUAUAACCGAUAUCCACCCGGAAGAGGAACCCUAUCGAGCUCGGCCGCCUCACCGACUCGACCUUCGACACUUUAAGAUCAACCCAGAGAAUAAUCAGGGACUGGAUUUUGCAUAUGAUACGGUUGUUCGUCGAAAGGACGAACGAAAGUGUAUGACCGGCUGCACACGUCCUGGUUGCUGUGGUGAUAAAUUCCUUGCCAUGACGCGACUUGGAGGUUCUCUUAUGAACCCGAAGGGUUCAUGCCAGGAGAAAGACGAGCAAAGGAUCUUGGAGGAAUAUCUUGGCGAAGAGAAUCAUAUACUGGAUCAUAUAAGUGUUGAAGAUCGCCAGAGACUUCUUCAUGAGGCCAUAGCUAGAAGUAUGGCUAACACCUACGGUAGACACCGACAUGACCACCACCGUCCAAGCACGCCUCCUGGAUUCUGGCGCACGGAUAUGCCCGAUACUCAGGAAUUAGAACAUGAUCGCGCAAUAGCACAACACCUCGAGAGAGAAAAGAUCAAUGAACGAUACAGGGAGGCGAUGCGAGGUGGACUGUGGAAGUUUGCCGAUGAAUGA